AAUAGUAAGGCAAACAACUCAAAACUAAGAAAUAUAAAAAAAACUAUGGCAGAUGAUAAACGUUCAACCGUAAACGUUGCACCACCUGCCAAAGCCUAUGACGACGAUGCAUUUGUGCAUCAUUUUGCAAUUCGUGGCGCACGCGAAAUAAUCGUUAUGGACUCCUCUGGCAGACCAAUGCGAUCCACGGUUAGCCAAAGGCGUUCCUUUGCCUAUGCAAGCCAUUUAUACGCAUUGGCGACCAUGGCACGCAAUGUGGUUAGGGAUUUGGAUCCAUCGAAUGACGUGACCUUUUUGCGUUUGCGUUCUGUUCGUCAGGAGGUACAUAUAUCCAUAAAUCAGGAAUUCAUAGUUGUCGUCAUACAGAGACUAAAGAAACAAAAAGAAUAACUAUUAAUACAAUACUUGUACGUUGAUGUGUGUGUUUGUGUGU